UUUUGACAUCUCCGCGUCGUUUUUAAAGACAGUAUUAGCCCUGUCUUUUAAACACUUUUACGUAGGUCAGUUUCUUCGUAUGUUAAGUGAUGUUUCGUUCCUAAAUUCGAGACCACUAAUGUUAUCAGUUGUGCAGUUUAGUUUUGCCAUAUUUUAUCGCGCGAUUUUUCGUACGUUACGCUUGUUUUAGCCUUAUCAUACUUUUAUUUUUCAACAAACCAUAGUAACCUUAUGUUUAUGAUGCUUUUUCGUACAUUCAUUCUCCGCUUGUCGUCUUUCCGCUUCUCCGUGGGUUAAUUCAUUUGUAAUAUUAGUUUUACUUUUGUUUUCGGUAAGUUCUUGUUUCAUUCUUACGUAUAACUAAAUGAGGAUUUACAAUUGAUUUUACAGCGCAUGUUAAUUCAUUUGCACCAUAUAAGAAUCGAUUGUCCUUUCCACAUCUUUAACAUUUGUAAAGUAUCGUUGUGAUUUAACACUUCACUGGCCAGCAUGCGCCUUGUCUGCGCGUGAAGAUAAGACUGCGCGGAUAAUGUGACCGGUGCCCACCUGUCAUUUUUUUAAGACCCGGUGCUUACAUGUAUAUUCCCAUUUGGCGGCCACUAAAAAAACCCUCUAACGAGCCUUUACGCAAAGUAAAAACUUAUUAUUUUAGUGUCUCAGAAUGUUGUAGUUUUCUUUAAUAAAAACGUGAUCAUCAUAAACCUGCUAAUGAUAGCUGUACUCUUGAUGAAGAUUGCUUUUUUGGGGCGGGAAUACCUUUUGGAAAACGGUAGAAGUUGCACUUCAAAAACAUCUUGGGGGUGGGGGGUUCUCCAUGACUGCUUCCCCGGCUACUAACAACAAAUACCCGGCAACUUGAAAUCUUAGUGACAACCCUGCAGACUCAUAAUUUGCCAUGCGUUUUUUUCCCCGGGGGGGGGGGUACUCCCUUAUAUAGGCUAUAUAACUAUGUGCAGUGCCAAAGGGUUGGUUUUUUAGCCAUUUUGGUCUGAAAUAGGCUAUCAAUUUCAACCAUUUUGGUCUGAAAUAGGUAUGGUGUGUACUCUGGUCUUGAAUUAGGUAUGCUUUUUAGAGGAAGCUACUUUUUUGUCAUUUGGCGAUAAGACCAUUUCCCUUUUAAUGUUUACGCCAACCGUGUACGUGCCUUAAGAGCUUGUCAAGCACUUCAGUCACACAAUGGGCUCCAGGUCUGAAAUAGGGUAGGGAAAAUCACAGAUUUUGGUCUGAAAUAGAGUAAGGGUUUCAGGAAGUGUGCCACACACCCCCACCCAAUUUUUCUGGAAGUACCCCCCCCCCCGGGGGUUUUCGUCGUCACAGAUGGGGGUCAUUGUGCCAGGCGUUCCUUGUGGAGACUGUGGAAACUGGGACUAAGAAUCGUUGCGUGAUUGAAGCCAUGCAUGUUUAGGAAAGAUUAAAUUUAGAGCUUUUCCGAAACAUGUCAGUCCAUGAAUUCUAUCGCUUCAAAGCAUUGAUUACUUUGGGACAAGUGAACACUGCUGACUAGUUGAAAAAAAUAUAAGAAUCUUUUAGAAAACCUCCGAUGAUUGGGUGUUGUACACUUUCAUUGUAUGCAAAUGGUUCUUGUGAUGAGAAUGCAGUUUAUUUUCGGCGAUGAUUGAAAUGACGUGCCAUGUAAAUCACUUUUUUGAUCUCUGGCAAUGAUGUCAUUUCUCUGGAAUCGAGGCCCUUGAAUUUUUUUUGUAGCCUGCGACCAUAGACAUACAUCUGGUCAACGUUAACAAGCGUACUAAAUCAAGUCACAAACAAGUAAAAAGUUUCGAUGUUGAUACAGUAGGAGGUAAAAAAACUUUAGGGCGUAAAUCCUGUUUUGUGUAGAUUGAUUGCCUCCUCAUUUCUCUAUCUAAUCUCCAAGCAAGCAAGACUGAAUGCCGCUUUAAGCAUGUUCUUGUUUCAUUAAUAAAAUGCUUCCCAACUUCCAUGCCAUGAGACCAAAACAGUUGGCCGUGGCAGUCAUUCUUAAAAAAGUCAAAACAUCCCUACCAUACUACUCCUAUCCUCAUACAUUAAUCUGAAAUGAUUUUUAAGGAGUUUUUUCUAACUGUGCUCUACAGCUACUACCCACUUCAUCCCCCAGCAGAAGAUGUUAAUGUAGACUACGAGCAAUUUGAAAAGUAUGCACUGCUUCCUUACAACCCUGAUAUUCUUAUCCUGCCUUCAGAUCUCCGAUACUUUGCCAAGGUACGUUGGUGUAGUAUAUAGUGUUAUUUUAAUGAUGCAGUUUAACUCACAGUGUGUUCAUGGCUGUGAUGCGCAAUGAGCGAUUUUUACUAGCUCCAAUUUGACUCAGCCAAUUCCUUAUCCUCUUUUAGUUUAUUUUGCUGACCAGUGAAGGCUUAUGUUCCAACUUCUGUUUCAAUCCCCAAUUAAUUUGCUUAUGUAUCAAUAUUUCUCCAAAUGACUGGUAUUGUUUGACACAGAGCUGAAGUCAUGCUACUGAAUACUGCUCUUCUUGCUCUCUCCUAUCACUCUGCAUAUUGCCAUCAAUAAUUUAAAAGUUAAGUACAGCUGUGAUUUAUAAGAACAGCAAAUGGGUUUGAGAAAGUAAUGACUGAUACUCAAACAUCAGAAGGCAAGUGACUCAAAGUGGCCUAGUCGCAACAACGUCAAACAAGGCUCCAUUUGUUGAUGGAGCUGGAAGCUAUUUUACCACCUUGCACAUGGUUUAUUCUAUCUUAAACAUUUUGAGAUUGGAGCAAUUUUACCAUUUUUGGAGUUCCAUCUCAGUUUCAGACUUUCACAAGCUAAAGCAGCAACAUAUUCAUAUAAAAUGUGGCCAUGCAUUACUAUUAUUAAAGAAGUUUCUAGCCAUUUCAGGACACCUUUCAAAUUUUCCCAGCAGAGCAUGCCUGUGGACUCCACUAGUAUGCCUGCAGAUUUGGAUUAUCCCCCCUCCCUCCAUCUCCACCCUUGCUCUGUCGGUCCCUUAUAAUAAACCGAUGAGCUCCAAAAAGGCAAUUUAACCACUUUGUCUGUGUAUACCUUUCAGUUACAAGCACUAAUCUUGCCAAGUCUUGUUCACAUUAGUCAGUAUAGUUUGUUUAUACUUUUUUUGACUGAUCACAAUCUAUUUUAAUCCAACAUAAGGCAAAUGUGUUAAUUGUACACACUUUUGCAAUUUGUUAUGAAAAAUAGUAUCUGCAGAGAAUCUGAUUUCAUAUUUCAACAGACUGGUUACCAUUCGUCAUGUCUGGAUCUACCACUUCCCUACUACUGUACAUUUGUUCAUCAAAGUUCUUUGUUAUUUUGUGACCGCAGGAAACUCUUGGUUGCUUGUGUAUUAACCCAGGCCGACUGACUAAAGGCCUUGUCGGUGGUACUUAUGCUAAAGUAUGGGUCAAGCCUUCACCAAUCCAAGAGGACAAGUUGUCAUCACCUAUCUUGUCAAGUUCUGUGGCUCAAGUGAUAAGAAUAUAAAAUUAAUACAUAUUUCUGCUUGCAGGGACAUUGCACCAGUAAGGUCAAUAUCAAGCUUGGCGAC